AUGAAGGUGUUGGAUAAGCUACUGGAGGAUAACUGUAAACCUAUGGUGAUUACUUACACAAUUUUGAUCGAGGCCACCAUUUUUGACGGUGGGAUUACUGAAGCGAUGAAGCUUCUUGAUGAAAUGUUGUCUAGAUGUCUACAACCCGAUAUGAAUCCGCUCGUGAACAUUUCACAAGAUCACUUCUCAGUUAAUACGUUUUCCUAUCCACAGGUAACAUCAAGCGUGCAACAUUUGGGCAAAAAAUGAAACUUCAAUUUGAAUUUAAAAAAAAGUUUAAAAUAAUAGCAUUGUGUAAUGCCUGCUGUAUUGUCGUUAUCCAAAUAAAACCAAAUUGAAGGUAACGUCUAAAUUUUAAACUGAUUACUACAAAUGAUUUCUUAUUAUUGAAGAUGCUCAACCAUCCAUUUCCGCC